GGGGUUGGAAACUGGCUGAGGGUGGGGGUGAGGGAGGAGCUGGGCCCUUGGGCUGCACUGGGGGGAGCCUGGAGUAGAGAUGGUAUAGCAGUCGGCAGGAAGCCCUUGGCCCUGGGUUUCCCGGGAGGACAGUCAUUAAACAUGGAUUCGGCCACACAGCUGGUAGAGCGUUGGGGGCAGGGGCCGGUCCCAGGAGCUGAAACCCCAGCCCUUCUCAGCCCAGACCCUGAUCCCUGGCCUUUCCCGCGUAGCUCUGUUCUCCCCCUCCCCUUCCCAGGGCUCCACGCUGGCCAGGAGGAUGAAAGGCCCCAGCUGGGGGCUCUUUGCCACCAGCGCUGGGUCCUAAGAGCUGCCAUCCAGGCUGGCCGCCCAGAUGGCGACCCCAGCCUCGGCCCCAGACACACGGGCUCUAGUGGCAGACUUUGUAGGCUAUAAGCUGAGGCAGAAAGGUUAUGUUUGUGGAGCUGGCCCCGGGGAGGGCCCAGCAGCUGACCCGUUGCACCAAGCCAUGCGGGCAGCUGGAGAUGAGUUUGAGACCCGCUUCCGGCGAACCUUCUCUGAUCUGGCAGCCCAGCUGCACGUGACCCCGGGCUCAGCCCAGCAACGCUUCACCCAGGUCUCUGAUGAACUCUUCCAAGGGGGCCCCAACUGGGGCCGUCUUGUGGCCUUCUUUGUCUUUGGAGCUGCACUGUGUGCCGAGAGUGUCAACAAGGAGAUGGAGCCACUUGUAGGACAAGUGCAGCAGUGGAUGGUGGCCUACCUGGAGACGCGGCUGGCUGACUGGAUCCACAGCAGUGGGGGCUGGGCGGAGUUCACAGCUCUAUACGGGGACGGGGCCCUGGAGGAGGCUCGGCGUCUGCGGGAGGGGAACUGGGCCUCAGUGAGGACAGUGCUGACAGGGGCCGUGGCACUGGGGGCCCUGGUAACUGUAGGGGCCUUUUUUGCUAGCAAGUGAGAAAGUCCAGGGCUAGGUGGGGCUAAGUGUGGCUGGGGGAUGGGAGAGCAGGAACAGAACAGAGAAAUGCUCUUGACAGAAGUUAGGUGAAUGGAUGGGCACGGAAUGGGGUUGGGAAGGGGCAGGGUAGUGUGUGAGGGAGCUGAAUGUGCCAGGCAGGCAGUUGGAAGAAUGAGCUGGAGACAUCAGGGAAUAUAUUUGGAAAGUCAGGGGCUGGGAGAUGGAGCCCUGUUCCAGGGCUGUGGGGAGGUGGGAGGGAUCAUGCUUGUAGGUGUAGGCACGUGGAAUACCCGGAGCUUGAUUUGCAGCCCUGAGGAUGGUGGACUUGCAUAAGGGGUUUCAUCUCCAUUGGAAGAGUGGGAUUUGGGGAAAACACAGAAGGUACAUGCCUUUGGAAUGGAAAAUGGAGGUUCUUGGGUGAUAGGGAGAGGUAGCUGUGACAGUGGGCUGCUCACACACACACAUAUUCGUGUGCAUGCUGGACCUUUGUCUAAUCUGGUGAUGGUGGGAUUCUUAAAGAAGAAAACAUUCCCUCUUGCAGUGGCAAGAACAAGGGAGCAGUUCUCUGCCCCUCCUCCUAACCCCCUUCUUCCCAUUUCCCUUGUUCCAAUUCCUCAAGGCCAAGGGGAGAAACACUGUAUCCAGACGGAGGGCUCUGGGCAUUUCUCUGCUGGAAGUGGUUAGCAGUUCUUCAGAGAGAAAAGCAAUUCUGUAGCUGGCCUUGUUCCUUCAUCACACCCCUUCCCUGUGUGUUGCAUCAAGCACUUGCUGCUGCCUCCUGGGCUCUGACAGGGUGGCAGGGCUGCAGAGCCUGCGGUGGGUGGAGGCUUUGGUAGCUGGACCUGCCUGCCGCCCUCAUCUCCCACUGGGGCGCACUGGUGCCUAAAAAUUUGUUCCCUGUCUCUGGGACCUUCUAUGCCUAAACUUAAAUUCUUAAAUUGGGGCUCUAAUUUUCCUUUUGAGGUUGUAGACAUAAAUGCUGAUCUAGAAGACAGUCUGGGUCAUGUACUGUGUCUCAGUAAGACUGUUGAUGCCUUGAGAACAACAUUCCAGCUCUGAACCCUGUGGGUAUGAAGGUGACAUGUAAUACAUGACUGGCCUAUUCCAUGUGAUAGGCUUUGGUGCUGCUUUAUCAAGGGCCAGGUGUAUGGGUUCUAGAGUACCUACCAUGACCUAGAAGCAUUUAUAUUUUCUUUGAAGCCCUACUGUUUGCAUGGGUGUUAUUUGUCUGUACCUCAGAGUCUGAGGAUGUUGACUUUGGAGCGAGCUCACAGUCCUCUAGAGCAGAUUCAGAUGAUUUUUUCUUUUGAGAAAUGAUUUCACUCCAGAUGCAUGCCCUGAGCCAGACCUCACUGCUGCACUUUCCAAGGUGCUAAAAUUGCUGCUCUCCGGUGGUGACUUCAGACAGUGCUCUAGAACCGCCCUUGAUCCUGAGCACUGAUCAGCUUAGCUAGACCGGGGUUGACUCUUCUUGGAGAUUUUCACUUGGUCCCAGAAUGUGGCAACAUAGUUGUACUCACAAGAAUGUGGGACCAAAAUUGGCCUCAGGUGUUUAGCCCAGACUUUCGCUUGGAGAGAGGGCUGCACUUUGUAAUGGUAUUUAUAGGGGAGGUAGGAAGACUGCAUGCGUCACUUGGUCUGUCGUGAGUAUGCUGAUACCGGAAACUCAGAGCUGGUCUGUGGCAGGCAGUUGGGGUGGGGGUGGGGGUCUCUGACUUGCUCAGGACACUAGGCCAGUGGUUUUCAAACCGUUUGGCGGAACCCCCAAGUUUCCUAGGUGUUGCCUCAGGAGCCCCUUGUGGGAGAGGAAGUGGGGGUGGAGGGCACUGAGCAGGCUGGGCUAGGCUGCCUGCCCUCAAACAGAACAGCUACCCUUGUAGCUGUCUUACAUAUCGGGGUUCAGGGUAAGAUUUUAUUUGAAUUAAGGGGUUUGCUGCUGGAAAAAAAGUUGGAAAACCACUGACUAGACUAGACCAUGAGCUCCAAAUUGGAGUCUGUGCUCCCCCAGGUUGGGGUAGACUCUUCACCCUACCCUCUACCACAGGAUACCUGUCCCUAUUAGCUCUCCUAAGGGCCUUUAGCAAACAGGGGCAGCAGGGACCGUGGUCAGGUUACUGAAAUGCCCUGCUCCAAGGCCUUCACACCAGGGUAAAAGGAGAGACUGUUUUCUGAAAGGGUAAAGGGCUUGGUCUGGAUUUCCAGAAGCAAAGCUUGGAUGGGACUAUAGUGGGCUGUACAGUUUUGACCUGUCCUGCCCUUCUUAGCUUGAAGGGCAGUGGAAACCCAAGACUCUUCUGUCAGGGAAAACUAGAGACUCUCUUCUAGAGCCAUAUAGUUCCUUGGGGUUAGCUCUUGGCCAAGAAGGCUGGGUAUGGCUCCCAAUUUUUAAAUCCAUUUCAUUUUUUUUUUAAUUAGGGAAAUAAAUCUAAUUGUCAUUUUCCAGAAAUUAAAUAGGUGGUGAGGGUGUUUCUUGCUCUCUAGAGCCCAAAGGGACAAAUAGGGACUUUGCUUAGGCCAAGGAAGGAGCAGAAGUAGGGCAACUAGGUCCUGCAAUUAUUAAUCCCACUCCCCACUUAUUCUAGGACAUACACUAUUUUACUUUUUUAAAAUCAUAAAAUGGCGGGAGAACAGAUUGGUUAGUUUAGAAGAAAAAGCUCUAUAAAUAUAAAUAUAUAUUCCUGUAUUUUUAUUUAAUAAUUUAUAAAUACCAAGUUCAUUUGACUUUUAUUUUUGUGUAAUAUGUAAUGGUCGUAUUAAAAAUAAAUAAAUAAAGUCCAGAAGUUUAAUGAGAAGGACUGAGCAGGGUUUGUGACUUCUACACUGUAUAUAUAGCCUGGGUCAGGACGUUUCUGGAUCCAGUCCUCUCAUAAUGACCGUGUUAAGGGCAAGAAUUAGAAUAACGGGAAUUUGGGAAAGUGUUGAGAUUUAAAGAAGAAAAUAAAAUCAGAGUUGUUCCCCUGUCCCCUACCCUGGCCAAAUGCCCAAAGCCGAGAACCCAUCUCUGCCACCCCAAGCCUUAUGAGGGUUUGUGUAUGUUUGACUUCAGGAUGGCUACAAAUAAAACCAAACAAAGAACACCUACCUAGAAUCUUUGUGUGAUGGUAAUCAAGUCCCUAGUUGUGGUUCAGCUUCUAACCUGAAGUGUAUGAUAAGCAUUUCUCCCCACUUACUUCAGACUUAAAAUAGUCUGGCAGACAUGGAGGCUCGGCUUCCUUUCCUGGUCUCCUAAGGCAUUUGGUUACAGCCAUUUUAAUGCAAACUGCUAACUUGGAUGGAAUCUACAGGAAUUAUUCAGCCUAUCCCUCUGUGCUUGUAGUCCAGGACCACAUCAAAAUUGUGUCUGACAGGAAAUGUGGUCCUAACUUUAAAUUACAAGCAGGCAUAGCUAGUCUUUUGGUAGUCCAGGGCAAUAAGAUGGUAUUUGGGGUUAUGUGUUAAAUUGUAGUGGAAAUGUACUGUUGAAAAGAAUCUGAUGUUGCGUUUCUAUUCCCUAGAGAAAAAUCUACAGGGCAAGCCAUACUCAUAUCAGAGAGUGGUGUGGAGAACAUGGCAGUUGGAGAAGGGGAAUUAGAUGCUCUUAAUAGUUAAUGUCAUCAGACUAUGAUAGCUAGUGAAUGCAUUUAUCUCCACUGUAGUGUGAUUGAUUUAAUGUUUGAUUGGUUUAUAUUUGCCUAGUCCCCAAAAACAUCUGCAAGAUCUUACUAUAAAACACAAAAGACAAAACAAUAGAAAAUAAUACAUUUUUAAAGUAGGGGUAAACGGUAAAUUGAAAUAGUACAACAAGAUGAUAGCAAAAGGAAAAUUCAUGCACAGAAAAGAAUUCUAUAAGGGUAUUCCCAAAUACUAAAGCUAGGCUGUGAAUUCAGCCUUGAGCUUUUUGUCAGCUAAAGCAAAUUGAAAAGAAGCAAUGAGAUUCACAUUCCUGUUAGGAUUUAUAAAAGCCUACAGGUUCCUCAAGAUGGGCCAAAAGUUUCGUGGCUCUUCUGAGGUGUUAUAGUGGAUACCACUGUCUGUAACACCUGACAGCUAAUGUGGUACUGUUUUGCACCAGUUUCUUAAAGAAAACCCAAAUGGGGAUUCAGUAAGUCCAUCAAGCUUAACCACAAUUUAGCCCACAUACGCUCUAUGAUGCUAUAGUUUAAUAUAGGGUUAAAUUUCUGACUACUUGAAAACACUGAUGGAUUGUUAAUCCUUCACACAAUUCUCCCUGAAUGUUAUUUCUCCAAAGGGAACUUUUGAUAAAAGUUGGGCAACAUUUUGAACUUCUAGCAAAUGGAUGGAUUGUAGAUAUUCUGUGUUGCAACUUAAAAGCUUUGAAAACUUUAAAAGCUGCCUUAAAUGUGGACAUAGACAAGGUAUAAAUAAAAUAACAGUAUUUUAAAAAUCAAUCAGAAAAUGUAAUAUGAUAUAAUGGAGUGCUAUGUAGUUCUUUAUUCAUUCAGUCAUUCAUUCAUGCAGAAACUAUGUGCCAAACAGUUCUAAACACUGAGGUAGAGAAGUGGACACAAAUUUUUGCCCUCGUGUUACUUAACAUUCUAUAAGGGAGACAAAAACUAAUAAACUAACUUAUUAAAUUCAUUUCACAACAUUCAUUUACAUUUCAUGUUAGAAGAUGAUAAAUGCCAUGAAGAAAAACAAUUCAUUAGGGCAAGAUUGGGAAGGUGUAUGUAUAGAUUUUAUUGUUAAGGUCAGGGAAGCUCUUCUUUCUAAGUUGACUUCUUAGUCAACUUAGAAAUAUAAUCAUGAAAAAUGAAAUUGGGAAAAUAUCUAUUGAUACAGAAAGAUGUUUCUAUAUCUUACUGGGUAAAAAAAGAAAAUAGUAUAUACAGUAUGAUCCCAUUUUGCUCAAAUAUAUAUAUAUAUAUAUACAUAUAUAUAUACAUAUAUAUGUAUAUACACACACACACACACACACACACACACGUGUGUAUCUCUGUAUGUAUUUGUGUAUUGUAAAUGUCAUGAAGGGUAUAUGCCAAAAUAUCAUUAGUGAUUAUCUCUGGGUGGUGGAUUUUAUGGGUAAUGUUAUUUUGGUCUUUUGUAUUUUCUGAUUUUCUUUUUAAAUAAAGAACACAUGUUUCUGUACAUUAAAGCAAGUUUUCCAGGUACAAAGUUUUUAAAAAGGUAGCCAAGCAAAAUGGAAAGUAAGCAGCACAACAGAGGUUUCUUGUCAUUUAAAUGGCCAUCCCACUUCCUUGCAAGGGCAGACAUAGGGAGUUGAAGGUGGGAGCAGACUUUGCAUUAGAUAAUAAUUGGAGUCUGCUCCAAAAUAGAGGUAAGUAAAUGACCAAUGCUCCAAGGUUCCAUAUCAGCACCAUCCAUCAGAAAUACAAUGCAAGGCACAUAAUGUAGUUUUGCAUUUUCUAGUAGCCUCAUUAACAAAGCAAAAUGCAACAGGUAAAGCUAAUUUUUAAUAAUUUUUUACUUAACCCAGUAUAUAAAAACUUUUAAUUUCAACUGGUAAUUAAUAUUAAACAAUUAUUGAGUUUACAAUCUCCUUCAUACUAAGUUUUUGAAAUUUGGUGUAUAUUCAACAACUUUCAGCACAUCUCAAUUUGGACUACUCACAUUUCAAGUACUCAAGAUGUGUGACUAAUGGCUACUGUAUUAAACAAUGUAGUUCUAUUACAGAGAAUUAUGAUAGCUGGUAAAAAUUUCAAAGCAAGAGUCAAAAUUAGUAAUGAAACUAUUGAGAAGCCACAUAUUUGUUUUUUAGUGGGAACAUUUUUCACUCUGGACAGAACUAGAGAUGCCCUUAUCCAUUUUUACUGAUUUGAUUUUUCUUUUUUCAACUCUGCUAACCAUGCACUUCUGUUAACACAUUUUUCUUUUCUCUAGGGCACAUCACUGAGUUUCAGUUAUUCAGUUAACCAUGCACUUCUGUUAACACAUUUUUCUUUUCUGUAGGGCACAUCACUGAGUUUCAGUUAUCCUAAAAUUCCAUGGCCUUCUAGUGAUAGGUUAUUACUAAAGGAAAAUUAUAUUCAUGAGUGAAUCUCACUUCAUUACAUACUCAUUUCUAAAAAAUUCAUUCUCACAGGGAAACAACCUCUUUGAUGUUCUCUGCAUCAACAUCAGGCAAGAUACUGAGUAAGUUUAUUACAGAGGAUUAUUCAGCGGUUAUUGAACACAGUGAUUGGCAAUUUUAUUCAAUAAAUAUUUGGGAAAAUUUUUUGGAGAUUUGCCACAACUUGAGAAAAACAUUUCUUUUUUCUAGCUUUAAGAAUAUAUAUAAUAUACAUAUAUGGAGAUAUAUAUGUAUACUAUAUAUAUAUAUAUAUAUAAUACAUGUAACAUACAAAAUAUGUGUUAAUAGACUGUUACUCUAUCUGUAAGGCUUUUUCCAGUCAACAGUAAACUCUUAGUAGUUAAGUUUUGGGGGAGUCAAAAGUUAUAUGGGGUUUUCCACCCCUAAACCCCACAUUGUUCAAGGGCCAACUAUAAUUAAUAUGGUGUCACUGCCUUUGACAGUUUAAUUGGGAAGUGUCUUACUUUACAAGUCACCAUUCAAACAUCUUUUUCAAUGGUUGGUUUUUAAAAGUAAUCCUGCUUAUUAGAGCAAGUUUGGAAGUUGGAGUGUUUUAAUUUAAAAUAAGGUAAUAUGUGAUAUUGUGGAAAAUCAUAGGGCAUAUUAUAAAGAAGAUUGAUCAUAAUCCUAUUACACAGAGAGAACCACUAUUUUAACAUUUUGGCUACUUUUAACUGUCUUACCUGAGCUUUUAUGAUCAUACUGUAUAUACAAUUUUGUAUACUGAAAUUCUGCUUACUGUUAUAUUGCGAACAUUUUUCCUUGUCAUUAAAAAUGUUUUGAAGGCUUAAUGACUAUAUAAAAUUACAUCUGUGUGUAUAUAGUAAUUUUCCUGAAUGUGCAUUUGGACAUUCAAGUUGUUUACAUUUUUUGCACUUUAAUGAACAUAUUCUUAAACAUUUAUCCAGUUUUAGAGUAUUUCUUCAGAGCACAUUACAAGAAAUACAAUUAUUGGGUUAAGCAUCUUACCAUUUUAAAAGCUUUUAGAACAUACUGCCAAAGAAAAGACUACUAGUUCUUGUUCCUUUUAUCCCCCAAUGCCCCAGUUGUUUUGUUGAAAAAUUAGAUGUACAUAGUUGUAAUUGUAUUUUAUAUACAAUUUCAUAUUCUACUUUGGCCUAGCAAAAAUUAUUUUUGCAUAUUAUCAUGCUAUGUGUAAACCUUUUAAUAGGUGCAUAAUAAUCCUUGCCUGUAAUUAUAGUUUGUUAAACAUUUGUCUAUUAUUGGAAUUUAAUCUUUUUCCAAUUUCAAUCAUACAUAAUGUAAUUUUAGUAUAUUAUAGUAAUUUUGAUCUGUA